UACUGACGAUUAGUCGUGGCGCUUGGUCUGUCGUGACGUUCGCGAGGCUUCCAUGUCAACGCCACGGAGAUUUGUCAUCCUAAACUCCGACGAUGCUACGAACCUCCAAUGAGCAACAUCUGUCCUGUGAAGUCCUCCUGUCAGUAUACGGCUGCCAAAUUGUUCUGUACACAUCGCAGAAAGAAUGUGUUUGGGAAAAGGCAGUCGCUGGGUGGAAUGGGAGAGGAAAGAGCCGCUAGCGCUGCUCCACUAGAGAAGUUGACCAACAAAGCUACGCUAUGUGACGCGCAACUGGAUUCAUCAGGGCCGAUCUUACUGACAUCCAGAGUGAGGAAUGGUAUUGCAUCUCGUUCUCUGAACCUUGCUCACAUGACCACUAACGCCGCACCAUUUUCUCAUCAGUCAGAACACCCAAUAGUAACAAGCACCCAGAACACUCCCAACACCGACAACUGUAACCUCGUGUCGUGCUAGCAUCGUAUACCACCCUCUCCACAUUUAUGGGCACCUAAAAUCCGCUCAACCCUUCCUCCGCAAUCAACACAAGGCUAACGUUCCAGCGGCGUGAGCAACACUUCAAGAACAUCUCAUCUCACAUGGACCGCAAUCGUAGUAACAAGCUCAUUCGAUUCGAUUCGCUUGCCUCG